AUGAGUCCCUCAAACCGCAAUAAGCAGACGUGGAAUCGUAACUCAAAUCUGUACCAGGGCCGAUUUAGCACAGUCGCUCCCACCAAGCCAGCGUCUACCACGGAUGCCGCAACACCAAGGCCUCGGGUGUCGACGUUUCACUACCUGGUGCCGGCCAGCUCUCCAAACAUCAAACUGUGCUACAAUGUCGUGUCGGCCGCCGUCAACAGGUACCCGGCGCCGCUGCUCCUCGGCUGGAAGGGCGAGGGCGAGAUGGACGCGGCCGAGACGCACCUGGCCAAGCUGCGCGCGAUCCAGAUAUACCUCCAAGACCUGGGGCCGGAAGAGGACGACGACCUGGUGCUCAUCGUGGACGGCUACGACAUCAUCCUGCAGCUGCCCGUGGAGAUCAUGAUUGAGCGCUACUUUACGAUCCAGCGCGACUCGGACGCGCACCUGGCCGAGCGGUUCCAGAUGCCGGUGGGCGAGCUGCACGAAAAGGGCCUGCGCAACACCAUCUUCUGGGGGCCCGACAAGAUCUGCUGGCCGGUCGAGUGGCAGAAGCCGCGCUGCUGGGCGGUGCCGGCGUCGCACAUGGCCAACGACACGUUCGGGCCGGACCAGAACCGGGCGGGCAUGGUGAGCAACGACCCCAAGUGGCUCAACUCGGGCACCGUCAUCGGGCCGGUGGGCGACAUGCGCAGGUACAUCAACGUGACCAUGGCCGAGAUUGCGCGGACGUACAACGCGCAGUUUGAGAACAGCGAGUCGGACCAGUACUACCUGGCCAACGUCUGGGGCCGGCAGGAGUACCACCGCUCGCGGCUGGCGCUGGCGCUGCGCGAGGCCAACAGCGACAACAGCAACGACACGGCGGCGGAGCGCGCGUGGCUCGAGGCGAGCAAGGAGCACGAGCUGCCAGACCCGGUCGUGGUCGAGGGCGAGCCGACCGAGUUCCACGUCGCGAUUGAGUACGAGUCGGCGCUGUUCCAGACCAAGGCGGGCUACGACCGCUUCUUUGGGUACAUGACCUUUGACCAGCCCGGCUACACGGCACGGAUGGAGGUGGACAUGUUUGACCAGGGCGCCUCGUUUGUGCCCUAUUCCAUCUCGAUGCCGGCGGCGGUGUACGCGGCCUUGACGAGGGUGUACGAGGCGGCCGUCAAACCAUCGUCGUCUGGUCGAUCUGCAUCCUCGGCACAGCACCGAGGGGGGGAUGCAGGUGCAGGUGCUGUUGCUGCUUCUUCUUCUGCUGCUGCUGCUGCUGCUGCUGCUGCCACCGCGAGCGCCACCAUUCCCAGCCGCAGCCGGCUACCCGCGAGCGAGUGGAUCCGGUCCGUGAACCUGGGUGUCAACUACGUGACGCGUCACGUCUACGCCCUCUGGCACUGCACGGGCGGCAAGGAGUCCAUCGACGACGAGUACAAGGCCCUGUGGUUCUACCCGUUCGUCGCCAGCCUGCUGCGCGCAAACGCCCUCGCCUCGCGCGCCGGCGACGACCUCACGACCGCGGAGAUGGACGGCCGCGCCUGGCUGCCGAGACUGCAGUACCCCGAGGGCAACUCGCUGCCGGGCGCCGAGUACGGCGGCGCCUUUACCGAUUUCAAAGGCGAGGAGUUCUUGUCCUUUGGCCAGUUGUGCGGUGAGUGGCAGGAGACGCUGUUUUCGGGCGAGAUGGGCCCGCCAGCAUCGGCGGCCAAAGCGGAAGAAACAGCAAAGCCGGAGUAA